UUCUGUUUCUCGACCACAGAAUGAUUGUGAGUGUGCUUGAAUGUCAAGUGGAUGGGGUUGCUCUGCUGCCACAAUUUCUCUUUAAUUCCCAGGGUUCCGCUGGCUCUGGAUCUGGCAGUUACUAAUUUGCACAUUCAUGCAAUUUCAGAUUCCAGACCAGGUUUACGAGAGCUGGGUUGCCAGUUGUGGAGGAGGACUGGACGAAGGAUUUUUAUGAAGUUGUGUGACCAUGGCCAUGGUGUUGACGUCCGGGUGCCGUUGUUCAAUUGCCACGCUCCCUGCAGGUUUGGAAUUGCGUGCCGUUACGACACGGCCUCUCGGGUCAAGACUCACGAUGUCCAGUGUGGUGGGGUAUCGUGCAGUGACACCUCCAGACCGUCAAAUUGUUCCCUGAAGAAAGUCGGAGGCGUAGAGAGGGUACGCCAUCCUACAUUAGCAUCAGUUAAACGGAGCAAUGAGUCAACAAUUAAUUCGACGACGAAGGAAAGUCCAAUUCAAGUUCGGGAAGGGAGGCCUUCUUUCCGAAUCAUGGCGGAAGGGAACAUGUGGUUACUGGAAUUUGAAGCAUCCGGCCUUCGUGUGCUUGCAGAUCCAUGGCUCUUCGGCAACCAAACAUUUUGGGACCAGGCCUGGCUCUACACUGGCCGCUCUCAGUCCCAACAGAGGGAUGGAUUACCUGGUGACUUGACAUUGGAGUAUGUGAAUAGCAUAGAUGCUAUCAUCAUAACUCAGGAAUGGGAAGACCACUGCCACUUACCUACACUCAAGAUGUUAAGAAAGGAUGUGCCGGUAUUGGCAUCGCCGAAAGCAGCGGUUGUUGUGCAACGACUUGGGUUUACAGACGUUACAGACCUUGCUCACGGCACCUCCUCGCAGAUUUCGGGUUUAAAAGUAUGGGCCACCGUUGGUGGACGUGUGGGUCCGCCAUGGGCGCUUCGUGAGAACGGCUUUGUUCUCCAAGAAAUGCAAACAGGGCUUAGGUUGGGGACUUGUUGUGGAGUUCAUACUAAGGGGUUAGGGUUGCCUUCUUUAAGAAUUUCAACAUCAAGUGAGUGUACCAAACAUUGCAAGGACGUGAUUGGUGAAACCUUGAUGCUUUGCAGGAUCUACUACGAACCUCACUGUAGUUUUGAUGAAGAAUCUGUCCGAUCUGUGAGUCCAGUUGAUGUGGUAAUAACUCCAGGGCGUCAGUACAAAGUUGCUGGCUUCCCAUUGACAGAGAGCGUCAACGAAGCUGUGCGUCUCUUACGCAUACUAAAACCGCAAGUGAUUAUUCCCAUCCAGCUAACCCACCUGGAAAUGUCGGGUGUGACGGCGCCCAUAAUCCAACUCAUAGGCACUCCGAACGACUUCGAAGCAUAUCUUCGUGAAGCUGGAAUAACUGCCAGAGUUGUGGUGCCCCCUCUCUCAGGACACUUCGAGCAUGUCCAGCUUGAGCUUCAAAAACAAGAUGCUUGACUUUUCAAUUUAUAUAUAUAUAUAUAUAUUAUCUUACAAGUAUUAGUUUAAAUAUAUUUUAUUUAUUUAUAAGAUUGUAUUUAUAAGAUUAAUAUUCAGAGUAUUCAAUAAAAUAUUUAGAAGAUUUUUU